AUGAAUCGUGGUCCAUCGUUUGUCACCGAAUGCAUUUUGACAAGAAGUUCCUCUAACGCAGCAAAGUUACUGGAAGAAAAUAGACUUCAAGAUACGUUACUUUUACUACCAACAGAUGGAGGAAUAGCUUCGAGACUUAAGAAGUCCAAGAAGAACUUCAGACUUUUGAAAGACUCACAAGCGAAGCCCGCACCAAACAGAGGAUACAGAGAAAUCACCAAAAAUGCUAAAAGCGCAUUGAAAGAGUAUAUUACCAAAAGUCGAAGUGCUGCUCGAAAAGCACGUCAAAUUGCUAGUGAGCAGGCUCUUUACGACCAAAGUGCUCUUUUUGAGCAUAUGAAGAAAGAACAUUAUGAAAUUUACAAGUCAGUUCCUAGAUACGAUAAGUUUGUGGCCAUGCAUGAAGAAUUGUGGGUGAAUUACGUGCGAGAAAUUCUGAAUAUACCGGCUCAAGUUACAAAUGCGUCGAAACUGAAUAUCAACGGCUCGAACGCGCUUGUAAAAUUGUCAAUGGCCGAUUACAACGGGUGUCUGAUCACUGUAACCAAGAGUCGCAACGCUAAUCUGUGUGGGAUAACCGGAAUAGUGAUCUGGGAUUCUCAAAAAGACUUCAUAAUAAUAUGCAAAGGCACGCUCGUUGACGAUAUCAAGUGCAUACCAAAGAAGGGCACUGUCUUCAGCUUCGAAGUGCCGGUCAAUGACGAAGAAGCCCUGCAAUACACCAUCUUAGGCGACAGAUUCAAGUACAGAAGCAGUGAUCGCGCUGGUCGUAAGUUCAAAAGUCGACGUUGCGACGACAUGCUUUAUUACAUAGAGAAGUAA